CCCCUUUUCUUCCCUCAAAAAACUGUCACCACAAUGUCAGAAAAUAUCGAAAUCGAACCGAGCCAAACAGCAGGGAGCAUAAUAUGGCUCAAGGUCCAAAGGAAUGCCGUGUGAAAUGCGUGUUGAGAGCUAUGGACGAAGCGUACGCCAGACUACUUCAAUCAGACUCGAAAUCUCUACUGAAAAAGUACCUAACGCAAGAAAUGUAUAACGAACUGAAAGAAAAGCGAACUCCCACAUUCGGAUCAACGCUCCUAGACUGCAUCCAAUCAGGCUUGAUGAAUCUGGAUUCAGGAAUUGGAAUAUACGCUCCAGACCCCGAGGCGUAUGCAGUUUUCGCACCACUUUUCGACGCCAUAAUCCAGGAUUAUCAUUUGGGAUUCUCCCCCGCCCAAACUCACCCACCACUGGAAUGGGGAGAGCUCACCGCUUUCCAGAAUUUAGACCCAGAGAAUAAGUACAUCAUUUCUACCAGGGUGCGAUGCGGGAGAUCAAUCGAAGGGUAUCCUUUCAAUCCUUGCAUGACGGAGGACCAUUACAAGGAAAUAGAGCAGAAAAUGACGAAUGCUUUCCAGGGUCUAGGCGGGGAACUGUCCGGAACAUACAGACCUCUCACCAAAAUGCCAAAGUGCGAGCAAGAAAGACUGAUAGAUGAUCAUUAUUUAUUCAAGGAAGGGGACAGAUUCCUGAAAGCUGCUAAAGCCUGUCGGUUCUGGCCCGUGGGCAGGGGGAUCUUCCUGAACAAGGAUAAAACGUUUCUCACUUGGGUCAACGAAGAGGAUCACUUACGUAUGAUUUCCAUGGAACCUGGAGGCGAUUUGGGUAACGUUUACCGCAGAAUGAUAGAGGGAGUGAACGCCAUCCAACAGCAAGUCAAUUUCUCAAGAAGCGAGAGAUUUGGAUUUUUAACGUUCUGCCCGACCAAUUUAGGGACCACCAUCAGAGCCUCUGUACAUAUCAAGGUCCCGAAAUUAUCGGCGGACAAAGAAAAAAUGAAAUCCGUCGCUGAGACUCAUCAUCUUCAGGUGAGAGGAACCAGAGGGGAACACACUGAGUCAGAGGAAGGAAUCUAUGACAUUUCCAACAAACGUAGGCUUGGUUUGACGGAGUUCCAGGCGUUGAAGGAGAUGCAGGAAGGCAUCUUGGAAAUAAUCAAAAUCGAGCAAUCUUUAUGAGUCUGAAAUUUAUGGUGUCCUAUUUUGUUCGAUUAUACUGGGUUUACAGCUCUGUUGAUAACGUAAAAGGAAACUACUAGGAGUAUCACAGUAUUCUUCAAAAUUUUCAACUGUGAUAGUCAAGAGAGUUCCCAUCACUUGAAUUAUUUUGAAUUUCCUUCAACUUUCAGCUAUACAGGAUAUGGACCUCAACUACUUUAUUUCAAAUGGAGUACCCCACUUAUUUUCCCACUGGAAAUUGAGAAAAAUAAAAGAAAAAAUGCUCUUUA